AUGAGACGCUCGAGCACAGAUGAGACUCCGUACCGACGUAGUCCAUCUUUGGACAGUAAACCCGACACGCCACCGUUCACUUCUGGGUUUCACCGCUUCAGUGGAGAGUUUGAGUAUAAGCGGCCGCCGUUUGCAUUUGGCUUCCACACAACAAAGGGGCCGCAAACGUCCAAGGGGCGCUACGCCCAGGGGAAGAAGUAUGUGGUGUUUUACCUGGACCUCUCCUUCAUAUUCCUCCUAGAACUGCGGCGCUGCAGGAUGGCCGAGGGUUGCAUGAUGGCCCUGCGAUAUGGAAUGGUCUUCUUCAAUCUUCUUUUUUGGUUGGGAGGAUGUGGAAUACUGGGGGUGGGAGUCUGGCUCUCAGUGACCCAGGGAAACUUUGCCACCCUAUCAUCAUCCCUUCCCUCCCUGUCAGCAGCCAACCUGCUCAUCGCAGUGGGGACCAUCAUCAUGGUGAUCGGCUGUCUGGGCUGUGUGGGAGCUGUCAAAGAGAGCCGUCCUCUGCUGCUGACGUUCUUCAUCCUCCUCCUGCUCAUCUUCUUCCUGGAGAUUCUGUCCAUCAUGCUUUUCUUCAUCUACCAAGAUGAGAUUGAUCACUACGCCCAGAGGGAUCUGAAGAAGGGCCUCCAGCUCUUCGGCACAGAGGGCAACGUGGGUUUGACCAACGCCUGGAUGAUAGUACAAACUGAUUUUCGCUGCUGUGGAGUAACCAACCACACGGACUGGUUUGAAGUUUACAACGCCAGCCGUGUGCCAGACUCCUGCUGCCUGGAGUACAGCGACAACUGUGGCCUGGACAACCCAGGAACAUGGUGGACAGCGCCGUGCUAUGAGCGGGUAAAGGACUGGCUUAAUGAGAACCUUGUGGCACUUUGGAUCUUUGCUCUAUGCACAGCACUUACUCAGAUCCUGGGCCUGGUCUUCUCCAUGACAAUGUUCUGUCAGGCAGUGAAAGUAGAAACGUUCUACGCCUAGCGACUGACCUCUCUGCCCUUCAGAACACUUGGAUUGUUUCUCCUCACAGAGGGACAGAUACAUACCCACCUUCCUCCUCCUCCUCCUCCUUCUCCUCCUCCUUCUCCUUCCCAAACAGACUCUUCUUUCCAGUGCUUGUCCUCUCUGUGACAUUCGCUCUCGGAUGUCAUCAGUUCACAGUAUUUUCCGCUAACUAUCGAAAAGCACAGUGUCAGUGUAAUACCUGCGUUGGUUCCUAUGGUUUGCUCUGUGUCAAAAGCUAAUUUCUGUGAUACAUUUUAUGAAGCAGUAUUAUGAACAUGUAUAAAAAAAAAACAAAAAGUGUAACCCUUUUUUUAAUAUGUGUUUGGUUUUAAAUUA